CGGAGGUAUAUAAACGAUACGCAAGCUGUUGAGUAGACAUCAGUAAGCGCAUCUCCAAUCGUACCGAGUACAUCCAAGCUUUACAGCAACCAAACCCAACUCCCCAACAACCAUCAAAAAUGUUCUCCAAAGUGAUGAUCGUCGCCCUUUUGGCCGCCGUUGCCAGCGUCAGUGCCAAGCCGGGUGCGUUCCUGCCAGCUGCCCCGCUAGCCUACACCGCCGCUGCCGCCGCUCCGCUCGCCUACUCGGCCCCACUGGCCGUUGCUCCGGCGGCCGUGCCAGCCGUCGCCUACACUGCCGGCUACGCUAACGUUGGCGAUUCGGCCGUCGUCACCUCGCACAACUCGCAGGUCAUCAAUCCGGCCUAUGCUGCGUACUCGGCCGCUCCGCUGGUGUCCGCCUAUGCCGCUGCCCCGGCACUAGCUGCCCCAUUCGCUUACAGCGCUCCGCUUGCCGCCAAGUACGUGCUGUAGUGAUGGAAAAUUGUGUCGAACUUUCUUCUCGCCUUCCGUUUUGUUAUAGCCAAAUAAAUAACUUCCGAUGAUGAACUAAAGCA